AGAAUUCAGCCCCGUGAACCCCCGGGCCUGGAUGGUGGGGCUGGGCUGGGGUUCCCACCGUCUCCUCCGCCUCAGCCAGAACCGUCUGGUCCCUGCCCCCGGGUAGGGACCCCCUUCUUCUGGCGGGGACUGGGAGCCUCUCGCUCUUUUGGGCAGCUCCGGACCCUAGGGAUCUCCAUUUACAGUUCACGACCUCAGCUGCACUUUGGCGCUAUCGCCUGCCGGGUUUCCCAGGACUGUCAAUGGCAGGAUACCAGCUUUGGUCACCAUGGACCCCACUGGACGAGAGCUUCCAAUGGCUGCGGCACACAACACCUACACCUUCCUCCAAGCACCCCUUUAGGGCCUCCCCCUGCUUCCCACACACACCGUCUGACCUAGAAGUACAGCUGUGCUUUCAAGAGGUCACUCUAGUCCUAGACAGUCUGGAAUCUGGAUUGAGUCCCAAGUUACCCUGCCACACAUCAGAGUUGCGAAACAUGAACAACAAAGGACUGGUCAGGAAGCCCCAGCCCAUACGCCUCAGUGGAGUAGAUUCUGUCUUUGGCAGGGUUAUCACAGCUCAGCCACCAAAGUGGACUGGGACUUUCAGAGUUUCAGACAAGUCAGCCUUUUGCAAAAUCAUUAGCAGGGAGCACCAGUGGCCCAUUGGACUUAAGGAAGCUCAAAUUCAGAUGACAGUGACUAUGUGCAAACAGAUGCUGCGCUCUAUCCUUUUGCUGUAUGCAACUUACAAAAAGUGCACCUUUGCCUUGCAGCACUCCAAGUAAAGGGUCCUCAUUUGAUCCCUAUUUCUUCAUACCAUGCCCUUUGUGCCUUGGUAACUGUCAAGGAAAAGCAAGUAUACACUCAUUUCUCUCCACACUUCCCACAUACUCACCAAGCAAAAAGCCCAUGAAAAAUCUGCAGCAGCCUCUGAUAGCAGGAAGACAUUAUGUGGUACUCUGAAACUUUCACUCCUGAUCCAUCAACUACAUCAUGGUUCUCAGCAGCUAAGCACUAAAAAUAAAAAUGAUUUUAGGA